UUAGAACAUCUGACUGGAUGCACAGCCAAUGUCUACUUGGAAUAUAUUCAGCGGAACUUACCCGAAGGGGUGGCCAUGGAGGUAACAAAGACACAGUUACAGCAGUUACCAGAACACAUCAAGGAGCCAAUCUGGGGAGAAGUCAGAGAGGAAAAAGAAGACAGCAAGUCCUAGAACCUCGGGCCCACCAGCUCCUGGAUUUGAAGUGAGCAUAGCUGGGCUUGCAGCCAGCAGGAUGCUGGGUCCACACCACCUUGCUUCCUGGUGCCCAAGCAGCCGAGAGCAGGGGCAGCGCUCUGGUGGAGGCUAGAUUUCAGGGGAUAACCGGGGCUCUGUCUACACCUCAUUGCUUCUGUUCUGUUAACAAACUUGGGCAAACUGUGUUGUGUACUCUGAAACAAAAGAAUCAGAUUUAAACAUUUGUGUAGCUGCCA